UGGGUUUUGGACUUUGCCGUGUCUUGUGUGCUUCAUACUUUCAGGUCUGGUGCUGGUGACGGACGCCAUCACCGCGAUGGGUCUUCCUCCCGGCCGUCACACUCUUGGCCAGCAGGUCAUCGAGAUCCAGGGUCUCCACGCCUACGUGGCAGGCACCAAGACGUUGAGUGGCAGCAUCGCCACGAUGGACAUGUGUGUGCGCCACUUCAAGCAGGCCUCAGGCUGCAGUGUGCAGGAGGCUCUGGAAGCUGCCUCCCUGCAUCCGGCUCAGCUUCUGGGAAUCAGCCCCAAAAAGGGAAAGCUGGACUACGGCUCCGACGCAGACCUCGUUCUGCUCGAUGACGGCCUCAACGUCAAAGCCACUUAUAUUUCUGGAGAGGAGGUUUGGAGAAAAGGACAGUAGGAGAUGAAGAAGGAAACUGGACCGCCUGUGCCUUUGUACAUGAUCGACAGCACCAGGCGCUGCCGGAAAACUGGACCAGAGUGAAAGAUUUCUGCAUUAUUAGUUUAUUAAAUGUCAGAUGAUGUGAAAAUGUUUUCCUGCUUUUCAAACUGCCAAAGAUUUCUGUUCAUUACCCUGAAA